AUGGGGGGUAAGGAGGCGGACGGCGGAUGGAAGGCGCAGCUGAACCUGCCGGAGCGGGACCGGCGGGUGAGAACCAGCGACGUCACCGCCACCAAGGGCAACGAGUUCGAGGACUUUUGUCUGUCGCGCGAACUGCUGAUGGGUAUCUUCGAGAAGGGCUGGGAAAAGCCGUCGCCGAUCCAGGAGGCGAGCAUCCCGCAGGCACUCAGCGGCCGAGACGUGAUCGCGCGGGCCAAGAACGGCACGGGCAAAACGGGCGCCUACUGCAUCCCCGUGCUCAGCCAGGUGGACCCGAAAAUCGACGCCAUCCAGGCGUUAAUCAUGGUGCCAACCCGCGAGCUGGCUCUGCAGACUAGUCAGAUAUGCAUCGAGCUGGCCAAACACGUGGGCACCAAGGUGAUGGUAACCACGGGCGGCACUGUGCUCAAGGACGACAUCAUGCGCAUCUACCAGAAGGUGCACAUGAUCGUGGCCACGCCGGGCCGCAUCCUGGACCUGAUGGAGAAGCAGGUGUGCAAGAUGGACCACUGCAAGACGCUCGUGCUCGACGAGGCGGACAAGCUGCUCUCGCAGGACUUUAAGGGCAUGCUGGACCGUCUGAUCUCGUUCCUGCCGGCGUCGCGGCAGGUGCUGCUCUUCUCGGCCACCUUCCCGCUCACAGUCGAACAGUUCAUGGUGAGUAGUGCACGGGUCCAAACCCCCACCUUCCCGCUCACAGUCGAACAGUUCAUGCGGAAACACCUGCGGGAGCCGUACGAGAUCAACCUGAUGGACGAGCUGACGCUGAAGGGCGUCACACAGUACUACGCCUUCGUCCAGGAGAAGCAGAAGGUGCACUGCCUCAACACGCUCUUCUCCAAGCUUCAAAUCAACCAGAGCAUCAUCUUCUGCAACAGCACACAGCGCGUCGAGCUGCUGGCCAAGAAAAUCACCGAGCUGGGCUACUCGUGCUACUACAUCCACGCGCGUAUGCAGCAGUCGCACCGCAACCGGGUCUUCCACGACUUCCGCGCCGGCCUCUGCCGCAACCUCGUCUGCUCCGGUACGUUAUAG